GCUAUUAUACGUUUUCAAUGGGGAAAUCCCUGAAAGGCAAACUGCAUGCCUUUCUACUCGAACGACAUGGAUCGACGAGAUACGAUCUGCAAUCUGACCAACUGGCGCGAAUCAUAUCCGAGAUUUACUCGAAAACCCUUCGCGACUGCGACUGUCAGCCCGACUGCGAGAAUACCAAAUACACCGUGUCCAUCACCGGCGAACCCUUGAACGCAGCUCGCUUCAAACCCGGAAUAUUUUACAACAAAGCGAGAGAAUACCCUAAUUCGACGGCGCUGCACAUCACGUUCGCCGGACAGGCUGCGGUACUCGAACGUCGAGAGUUGGUUCUUUCUUGGAUAAACCUCGUGUCUUCACUAGGAGGCGUGUUUAGCUUGUUUCUGGGGUGCAGCUUCAUCUCCGUUAUUGAGUUUUUCUACUUUUUCAUAUUUCAAUUGGUGAGAAAGUUGCAAACGAGACGUGCCCAGUAAUGGCACGAGCGGCCGAAGCAGCGGCAAAACGAACAGCGAAUCAGACAGAAGUCUUCUUUAGACAAGGAGAUUCUGAAAUCGGUAAAUUGAUGCUUCUUGCAUAAAACUGUAAUGGAUGUAUAGAAUGUGUACAUGAAUCAAAUGGAACAAUGCUGAUUUGUAUAACAGUCAAAGAGUAUG